AUGGCUCUUACAGUUCAACAUGCAUUCUCUCAUCUACUCACUAUUGUAGCUUUACUCUCAAUAUUCCUAGUGAUACCUUCCUCUUGUUUCAACCCAAAAAAGCUUGAUACUGCUUCAUACUCUGCAUCUGGUUCAAAUUGGUCACCUGCACUGGCCACUUGGUAUGGACCUGCCCAAGGCGAUGGAAGUGAAGGUGGUGCUUGUGGAUAUGGCACUGCUGUUGGACAAUCUCCAUUCUCAGCAAUGGUAUCUGCGGGAAGCCCUCUCUUAUAUGACUCAGGCAAAGGCUGUGGUUCUUGUUAUGAGGUGAUGUGCACGGGGAAUUCUGCAUGUUCUGGCAAACCUGUGAGGGUAGUUAUCACUGAUGAGUGUGAUGGGUGUGGCUCAGAUGCUGAAUAUCAUUUUGAUUUGAGUGGCAGUGCUUUUGGUGCAAUGGCAGUUUCAGGUCAAGAUCAGAAGCUACGCGAUGCUGGAAAAAUAGACAUUCAAUUUAGAAGAGUUGAAUGCAACUAUCCUGGUACGUCAAUAGCUUUCCAUGUGGACUCUGGAUCCAACCAAGAAUAUUUUGCUACAUUGGUAGAAUAUGAGGAUGGGGAUGGUGAUCUUGCCAAAGUUGAACUCAAGGAAGCACUAGACUCAGCCUCAUGGGAUUCCAUGCAGCAAUCAUGGGGUGCUGUUUGGAAAUUUGACAAAGGCUCACCGUUGAAAGCACCGUUCUCUAUUAGGCUAACCACACUUGAGUCUGGCAAGGCUAUUUUGGCCAACAAUGUGAUCCCUGCAGGGUGGACGCCUGGUCAAACUUAUAGAUCAAUUGUGAAUUUCGAAACCUAA